AAGAAAGGAAAGGAGAGAGGUGGUGGAGAGGUUUAGGUUAUAUUAUAAACUCGUUUUUUUGGAGCACGUACACUUGCUCCAAAUUGUUUCUUAUUCCAAUUGAAUCCUUUAUCGUUUAGCACGUUCAGUCAAUUGACAAAUUACAAUAAUUCAAGAUGGUUAAAACUGCCAAGGAGAUUCGUCAAUCUUACAUUAACUUUUUCAAAGCUAAAGGCCAUGAAUAUGUUCACUCAAGCUCAACUAUCCCACAUGAUGAUCCUACAUUGUUGUUCACAAAUGCUGGCAUGAAUCAAUUCAAACCAAUUUUUUUGGGUACAUUUGAUCCAAAUAGUGAUAUGGCCAAAUGGGUCAGGGUUGUCAAUUCACAAAAAUGCAUUCGCGCUGGAGGAAAACACAAUGAUCUAGAUGAUGUAGGAAAGGACGUUUAUCAUCAUACAUUUUUUGAAAUGAUGGGCAACUGGUCUUUUGGUGACUAUUUCAAAAAAGAAAUAUGUAUGUGGGCUUGGGAAUAUUUGACUGAUGUUCUCAAAUUAUCUGCAAGUCAACUAUAUGUGACUUACUUUGGAGGAGAUGAAAAAGCUAAUUUGAAACCUGAUGAUGAAUGUAAAAAUAUUUGGCUCUCUCUUGGUGUUCCUGCUUCUCAUGUUUUACCUGGGAAUAUGAAAGAUAAUUUUUGGGAAAUGGGUGAAACUGGUCCUUGUGGUCCCUGUAGUGAGUUACAUUUUGAUAGAAUUGGAGGCAGAGAUGUUCCUGAAUUGGUAAAUAUGGAUGAUCCAGAUGUCUUAGAAAUCUGGAAUCUGGUGUUUAUUCAAUAUAAUAGGGAACAAAAUGGUAAACUUGAACUUCUUCCCAAAAAGCACAUUGAUUGUGGUUUAGGCUUGGAGCGUCUUGUGUCUAUUAUUCAAAAUAAACGCUCAAACUAUGAUACUGACUUAUUUAUGCCACUUUUUGAUGCAAUCCAGAAAGGUACUGGUGCGCCUCCUUAUCAAGGUCGCGUUGGUAACAACGACGUUGACGGAGUUGAUAUGGCGUACAGAGUUCUUGCUGAUCAUGCUAGAACUAUUACGAUAGCUUUGUCUGACGGUGGAGUUCCUGAUAAUACUGGAAGAGGGUAUGUAAUUAGAAGAAUUUUGAGGCGCGCUGUGAGGUACGCGACGGAAAAGUUGAAUGCCCAAUCAGGCUUUUUUGCAACACUCAUUAAUGUCGUUGUAGAACUUCUUGGUGACAUCUUUCCAGAAGUAAAAAGAGAUCCCCAAUCUAUAAUAGAUAUAGUAAACGAAGAAGAAACUCAAUUUUUGAAAACUCUAACCAGGGGACGUAAUCUUCUGAACAGAACGAUUGCUAAACUUGAAUCGACGAAAAUUGUACCAGGUGAUGUUGCGUGGAGAUUAUACGAUACAUAUGGCUUCCCUGUUGAUUUAACUCAGCUUAUGGCUGAAGAAAAGGGACUUUCAAUUGAUAUGGCUAGCUACGAGGAAGCCAAAAAACUGGCAAUCAUUGCAUCUCAAGGCAAAGGCGGUGGUGUACAUGAUGAUAUAAACUUAGAUAUACAUGCUAUCACAGAGUUGCAAAGUAAAGGCAUUAAACCGACGAACGAUUCACCGAAAUACAAUUACAAAGUAGAGUCAUCCGAGAAAUGUGCUGAAUAUACUUUUGCACCUUGUAUUGGUACAGUUUUAGCUAUACGCAAAAACAAGCAAUUCGUUGAUCAAGUUAUGUCUGGAGAUGAGGUUGGAGUUUUAUUAGAUCAAACUAACUUUUAUGCCGAACAAGGAGGACAAAUUUAUGAUGAAGGAUUUUUGGUUAAAGUUGAUGAUGAGAGCACCGAGAUACGUGUAAAGAACGUUCAAGUUCGUGGUGGAUACAUUCUACACAUUGGAACCGUAGGUGAAGGAAUAUUGAAGAAAGAGGAUAAAUUGUAUUUAAACUUUGAUAUCCCAAGAAGAAGACUAAUUAUGAGCAAUCACACUGCUACCCAUGCUCUUAAUUUCGCCUUAAGAAAUGUUUUGGGCGCGGAAUCCGACCAAAAAGGAUCUUUGGUUGCUCCAGACAGAUUGAGAUUUGAUUUUACUAAUAAAGGUGCUAUGACUAUAGAUCAAGUAAAAAAGACUGAACAAUUUACAAAUAAAGUGAUUACGGAUGACAAGGUGGUUUACGCUAAGGAGAGUCCUUUGGCAAUUGCUAAAUCAAUCAAUGGAUUGCGUGCAAUGUUUGGCGAAACUUAUCCUGACCCUGUGCGAGUAGUAAGUCAGGGAGUUCCAGUCGAAGAAUUGGAAAAAGAUCCAACAGGUCUUGCUGGUACACAAACAAGCGUCGAAUUCUGUGGUGGUACUCAUUUGCAUCGCACAAGUCAUAUUGGUGAUUUUGUCAUUUCGAGUGAAGAAGCCAUAGCCAAAGGUAUUCGUCGUAUCGUUGCUCUUACUGGUCCAGAAGCUUUGAAAGCUCUGAAGAAGGCAGAAUUACUGCAAAAUAACGUGAGUGAACUGAAGAAAAGCAUCGAGUCGGUAAAAGAUUCAGCUGCGUCUAAAGAAAUAGUCCGAAAAAUUGUCGAACUGACGGACGACGUUUCGCAUGCUAUGAUUCCUUACUGGCGAAAGGAAGAAAUGAGGAACGAACUGAAGAUUUUGAAGAAGCAAUUGGAUGAUAAAGAAAGAGCUGCGAAAGCAGCCGUAGCUAACUCCGUUGUCGAGAUUGUAAGUACUAUGAUCGAAGCUAACAAAGGAACUCCUGUUAUGGUUGAAAUUCUAAAUGCUUUCAAUAAUACGAAAGCUCUUGAUAUGGCUCUGAAAAAAGUCAAGGCUAUUUCUCCCGAAACAAGUGCCCUAUUCUUCAGUGUUGAUGAAGACGAUAAGAAAAUCUUUGCUCUUGCUGCUGUGCCAAAAUCCGCUAUAGCGAAAGGUUUAAAAGCAAACGAAUGGAUUCAUUCUAUAGCUACUUUAAUGCAAGGAAGAGGAGGUGGUAAACCUGAAUCAGCUCAAGCUUCAGGACCAAAUAUCUCGUGCUUGCAAAAAGCUUUAUCAGUUGCUAAGACAUAUGCGUAUACAACGUUGAAAUUGGAAGAGACAAAAUCUAAUAACAAAGUAUCUUCUAAAUCUGCAAGCGAGCCAACACUGUAUAGUUACAACGGAAGUAUAAAAGGAUACACGAUUCAGAUUGCAGCCCGAUAUGCUGGAAAGUGCCUUAAAAUUAAUAAUCACUCAUCUGAUAGUCAACAAAAGGGAUCAAUCGUGUACGAAGAUAAAGAAGUGAAUUUGAGAGACGGCACGGCCAUAGCUUAUUUCGUAUCGAAUACUCAGUUCAAAGGCAGGGAUGUUUUGGAGCAAAGUCAAGUUUUACAAUGGAUCAGUAUUGCAGAUAAUGACAUUUUACCAUCGGUUUGUGGAUGGGUUCUUCCCUCUUUGAAAGUUUCCUCGGUAAAAAGUUCAACAGAUUCCAUAAACGAAGCAAAAAAUAAUCUUCAGCGAAUUAUGAAUGCUUUGAACAAAAUUUUAAUGAAUAAAACGUACUUAGUAGAAGAAAAAAUCACAUUAGCUGAUAUUGCAGUAUUUUCUACUUUAAUGCCAGCUUAUGAAAAUGUUUUUGAUUUAGAAAUCAGAAAGAAAUAUGAUAAUGUCACUAAAUGGUUUGAAACUAUUCUUCAACAACCAUACGUAAAGUUUGUUGUCGACAAUUUUAAAUAUUACGAAAAGAAAUAA